GUGGGCUGCAGAUGGGCGCGGGGCCCCUGGAGCAGGAGAUCCUCCGUCUCAAGGACCUGAACGCCGUGCGCUGGGUGGCCAGCAGGAGGUGCACGCUCAACGCGCUUGUCGUGAGCUGGCCGGCCCUGGCUGGGCACCUCCAGGCUGUGGCGGAAGCUGGGGGCCAGACGGGGCCCAGGGCCAAGGGCCUGCUGAAGCUGAUGAAGAGCUUCCACUUCGUCAAGUUCUGCCACUGCCUUUUGGACUUCCUGAGCAUCUACAGGCCCCUGUCGGAGGUGUGCCAGAAGGAGAUGGUGCCGAUCACAGAGGUGAACUCGGCACUGGGACAGGCCUACGCAGCCCUGGAGGCCCUGCGACACCAGGCGGGUCCCAAGGAGGAGGAGUUCAACGCAGGCUUCCGAGAGGGGUGGCUGCACGGCAUCUCCCUGGACAGACAGGAGGGGGCGGGGCAGUGCUUGGCAGCGGACUGGGAGAAGGUGAUCCUCACGGGGAUCGAGUACCUCCAGCGAAGGUUUGACAUGGCCCGGGCCCCGCAGCUCAAGAACAUGGAGGUGUUUGACACCGUGGCCUGGCCAAGUGGGCUGCAACUGGCCAGUUUCGGGACCGAGGAUAUUCUGGCCCUUGCCAGGUCCUUCGAGCUCUCGCUCCCCACAGGAUACGGCAAGGAGGCGCUCCUGGAGGAGUGGCUGGGCCUGAAAGCCCUGGGCAGGAACCUCCCGUUCUCCAUGCUCUGUAAGAACGCCAUGGCGCAGGGCUGCCGCUUCCCGCUGCUGAGCAGGCUCUUGGCCAUCGUGGUCUGCGUGCCCGUGUCCACUGCCUGCUGCGAGCGGGGCUUCAGUGCCAUGACCCGGAUCAGGACCGAUGAGAGGACCAAGCUCUCCAAUGAGGUGAUCAACAUGCUCAUGAUGACAGCGGUGAACGGGGUGGCCGUCACGGAGUACGACCCACAGCCUGCCAUCCAGCACUGGUACCUGACCUCCUCGGGCCGGCGGUUCAGCCAUGUCUACGUGUGCGCCCAAGUGCCGCCCCGCUCUCCAGGCUGAGCGGGGUUCAGGAAGGAGAAGACGGGGCCACUCUUUAUGGCGGAGGCUGUGACCCAGAAGCCACCCUUUCCAGCCUACAGGGAGCCAGCGGAGAUCCCGAAGGACUGCACUGUGGACCCUCCUGACAGAUUCCUAUACCCCCACCCCCACACCAGCCAAGAGGCCCCUGAGCUGUCCUGACAGAGAGCUCCCAUAGGACUCCUUGGGAUUGCCUUGGAGAACCCCCUGCUGCCCUGACCCUUGGGAUUGUGGUGACAGGCUCUCUGCAGAAUCUAGGCUGCCCUAGAAUCUUCCUUUGCGGGGACUCUGUAAGUACCAGGAAGUGGGCAGUGACAAGCCGGUUAAGCCCAUCUCCCAGAGAUGCAGGGUAAUCAGGAGCAGAAGCCUGUUUACCAAGGCCCCUCUUGAAGCAGCGGUGACCCCACAGCACUGAAACAGGCAGAAGGGUUCCCAUCUCAGAUUCAUCUUCAAGGUGCUUCAGGAAAUGAUCCUAUCAGGAAAGAUGUCACUCCAUGUUCUGGGGGCAAGAGGACUUCUCUGAAGUGGGAGAAACUGUUGGGGGUAAGGGCUAAAAGGAGCCCCUCAGCCCCCCAGGAUGGGGCGGGAGCAUUCCAGGGAGGCGGUGGCACGGAGGAGGUGCCUGGGGACCGGCGGAGGGUGACCAGGCUCUGGGGACAACUGGCCUGGCUCUGGGAUCUAUCACCCUGGCUCCAUGGCAGACACAGGGAAGCCUCCACUGCAGACAGGAGACACAGCAGAGAAUUCCUUCCCCUCCUCCAGGGCCUCCCUUAGGAUGAGCCAAGCAAAACCCUCUACACAAAGCCCUCAAGAGAGGCCGCCUUCCUGUAGCCCCAGGACCACAGAGGAAAGUCUUUCUGGGGGUGAGCUGCUUCCUCUCAGCGGUGGCAGCCCUUCUGUGUGACUUGCACCAGUGCUGGACGUGAGCCCGGGCUCUAGAGGGGCGGACAUGGCCAUGCUUGCCCCGGGGAGGCUUACGGUCCAGCCCCAGCUCUGCUGCAGGCAGAGGUUCAAUCAUAAUUAAUCCCUUCCUCUUUUCUGUGCCUCGAUUUCCCUCUCCGUGACAUGGCAGCAGAGAAUCCAAGUGCCUGCUGGCUCCUGGUCUGCAGGCGGUGCCUCCAGCUCCCAUAAAGACAGACAUCAGGUGGCACAGAACGGACUUAGCUGCCUUCAGCCCUUGUCCUUGUCCCUUGGUACCAACGUCCUUACUGUGGGAAGAUGAGUUCCCUAAGUGUGCCGCUCUUCCCAAAGUUGCUCUGGGACCCAGCCUAGGAAUCACUGGGGGUGCUUGUUAAAUAUGGCUCCCCAUACCUGCCUGAUCAGAUCCGUGGAACUGAGGCUCAGGGAUGGUCCAUUGUCCGCAGGAUCCUCCAGGAACCUUGUGGGCCCACUCAAACUUGAGGACCCCCACCCCAUCUCCCCUGUCUCCCAGAAGUAAAGCACUUUCCCCUCCAGGGCAGCUUCAUUUUAGAGGCAGGAUCUGAGGCUGCUCACCUGGUGGGGAAGAUGUGGGGCCUAGGUCCUGCCUUCCCAACCAUGGGUGGGAAAUGGGUUGGUUAGAGGGAAAAGCUUCUUCACCCCCCCCCCACUUUUCGAGUUUCAUACAGGCCAGAAGUGGUGCUGCGUCCCAGCCUCGCGCCUGGCGUCCCUGUCCUGUGCUCCAAGUACAAGGUGUCUGGCCCUCAGCCGGCAGUCUGUCCUCCUCCCAGUCCUAGGGUGGUGCUGGGAUCCAGUGUCCCCCAGUACCUGAUGUUUCCGACUCUCCCUUCCUGCCCCCCACCCUUAGCACUUAGCCUUAGUGCCCUCGCCUUCCUGUUUUCAGCCGUGGGCUAGAAUUCGCCCUCACUCUCUGCCUUUGAUUUAGCCUGUGGAAAUGCCUCUCUCCCAGUCUCGUGGUCUGAGGUAUACCACGGGCCCCUGCAGCUGCAGCUGUGGCCACCCCAUGGAGGUAGGAGCCCGGCCCUCCCUCCCCCAUCCACGUAAGGUUCUAUGGGGAGUUCAGGGAUCUGCCCGGGGCUAGGUGUUGUGGGUGUUGAGUUGGUGGGAUGGAAGAGAGAAAGACCCUUCAAAGUGGGGGUUGUCACCCUACACCCUAUUCCUAGAUUCCAAAUUGAGGUGACUUUCUGGCAAGCCUCCUCCCCAUAGCUUCUUCCAUUCUUUUAAGAAUCCUCAGAGCACGAGGCCAGUCCCUCCAGCAGUGUUGUGAGUUCCACACGCACAAUGCCCCGUGCCGCUCUAGGCACGGAGGUGGGGGCCAGGUAGGGAAGCAUCUGGCCUCCACAUCCUUGUACUAAGGAAGACCGCACUGCCAGCUUUUGAGAAGGUUGGGCCCCUUGGAGGAGGCGACUAAAAACACUGUUUGUCAUAGAGAUUUGCACUAUCCACAUUUCUCGUGGGGUGCAGGCGUGCUAGCUAAUGGCGAAGAGGACUAGCCACCUUUUUGUGCAGGACCCAGGACUGACACACGGUGAGCACCAGCCUGAGCUCUGUUUUGUUUCAAGACACUCCCUGCAUUUCAAACCCAGGGCCUGGAGAUGCCCUUGUUGGAGAGCCAUCCUAUUUUUGCCUUGCAAGAGAGCAAACUGAAGGGCAUGGGGAAUAGAAGGGGUGAGGCGCUGCCAGAGUCCUAGCUACGCCUCCACCCUCCUUCUCCUCCUGUAAUCUUCAUAGCAUCCCCUCUGAUCCUGGCAUCCCCCCAUCCCUACCCCCACCCCACAGCUGCUGCCCACAGCGUCUGACGUUCUGAAUUAACCUGCAGUAUAACCGAUGGUUGAUUCCAGUAGCCAUAGAGACGGGGCGGGAGGGAGGGACCUCAGCGCCCCCCCCCCCCCCCCCCCGUCCUUGCCAGACACCUUAGUGUAAUCUACUCCCGACCUCUGCUUCUCUCUCAAGUACAUGUGGAGUUCCUAGGGUGCUAAGUAUUUGGCAAGACAGUGUGAAGAUUGGCCAAUUGCCUGGUGCAGGUGUCCGUCAGCAAGGGAUGCCCAGGGCGAUUGGCAAGGGGAGGUCCUCUCCUCUUCUGGUUUCAAUGAGGUGCAAACGAGGUUUAAAAAACCAUGUUUAAUUCUCAGCAUUUUGCUACCUGAAUAAAGCUGAGUUUAUUUGGACACACGUCUCUGCCCUGUAAGUCCCGCGGGUCAGAGCUGAUCAGAAGCUCAUCCAAGCUACCUAAACCCCGCGGCGCGGAAGGCCCGCCCCCGCCCGAGAGACGCGCUCGCGCCUGCGCGGGGCCGACUGCGCGCGCUCCCGUGGGCC